GUCACAUCCAAGGACGCUGGAAAAGGAGCCUGUGGAAGCUCUGCGCGCUGCAGCGGCUGAUCCAACCUCACAAGCGGCGCUUGUCUCCAUGAUUUCACUGCGCACAGAACAUCCGCAGCUGCAAUAACCAUGAAGCCCGGACUGCAGCUCCUCCGCUUUGCCAUAACGUUUCCUCUCGUCAGUGGAACACCUUUCCAUUACAGCAUGUUUCAGGGAAAAGCCCAUUCUGCCUCCGGAACGCGUCAAAGAAACAAAAACUGGUGCGCAUACGUUGUGCAUAAAAAUGUGAGCUGCGCAGUCGUUGGCGGAACGGAGAGUUUUGCGCAACCGGAGCUUCUGCCUUGUCCGCCGGAGCUGCCCAAUUGUGCGCAACAAGUCAUAUAUCAAACACAUUUCAGACCCAUGUAUAAAAUUGCUUUCAAGACUGUGACAGAGCUGGAGUGGAGAUGCUGUCCGGGUUAUAGAGGUCAUGACUGCAUGGAGGUGAAGGACUUAAGGGUGCUUCAAGCAGAGCGUCCGCCCUUCUCCCAGCCCGUCUCUGGGCGUCGUCCAGCCCCACAAGUCCCAAACCAAAGAUCUGAAGGCCAGAGCAACCCGUCACUGAGUGGAGAAGAACUAAUCAGUGGUGAGGAAAGAUCCCAACAUCCAGCACACGUGGAGGAGGAGGUGCAGCGCCUGUCUCAGAUGGUUCUGGACAUGCAGGCCAGAAUGACAGACAUGGCCUCAAAUCUGAGGCUGGAUUUCCAGGAGGAUGCCAGUAAAAUGCUGGUUUCAUUACUCAGCAACGUCAAGCACCCUGCCAGUGCGCGCGGCGAUGAGAUUCAAAGCUUUCAGGUGCAGGACUUCACUUAUGAUCAGAAGACAACACAGGUGGAUGAGCUGAUGAACAAGAUCAACCAGGUCACCUAUGAUCUGGAGUCCAAAAGGAGCAAUUUAGAUGACCUGCUGGGUCGAGUCAACCACCACGAUGACCAAAUCCGUCUGUUGAUGGAGACCCUGUUGUCCACACCCUCUCCUGCUACUCCGUCCACGAACACAGACAUGCGAGUCCACCUCGACAACAAGAUUCAGGAACUGAGGGAGGAAAUGAUGGAAGGCAUCGAAAUCAAACUAGCAGACCUAAAGAGCUCCUGUGAAUAUAAAGUCCUCUCUGUUCGGGAGCAGUGUGAAGGACAGGAGAUGAACUACCUUAGCCUAGCUGAGCUCAUGGACUCGAAGGAAAGUGAUCUUCGUAACGAGAUAAAAGAACUCAAGGCCAAACUUUCUGAACAAGGGAAUGUAGGUGUUCUGGCUCGUGUGGAGAAGCUGGAAAUUCACGUCAACGCAUCGGACAGAACCCUGACAGCGCAAUGUCGCUCUGCGGAGGAGAAACUGCAGAGCAAGCAGGAGCAUGCUGUCAAAAAGCUGAAAGAGACUGUGGAGGACAAACUGCUGUCCAUGGAGGACAGGCUCCAAACUCUGCUGGUGGACACCAAAACCAGUUUGUCUGGAAAUCAGAUUAAGAACCAAGAUCAUUUGCAAAAAGAUAUUGAUUUUUUGAAAGUUUCAGUCCAAACGUUGGAUGAUAAACUCAACAACUUCUGUGCACAAGGGUGGAGGGCAAAUAUGACUGCUGGAGAUACCCUGCAGCAAAACGUGGAGAGUUUCAGAGCUACUGUAGAUGUUUUGGAAACGAAUCUAAAAGAUCAGAGAAGAGAUAUUGGAGCCAUGGACCAGCAGAUCCUUAACCACAGCAUCAGCAUUGAUGAUAUAAACACCAAAUUAAGUUACCUUCAAGGCCUUGCUGGCAGAACAGAGGAGUCUUUAUUGGAAUCAAUACAACAGCACUCUGAAGCACCAAACAGUCUAAACUCCUCCUGGAUCCAGGUCAGCGCAGAGGUUGAACAGGAGCCCAAUCAUAUUUUAAAGAUCUUCAAGGACGAGCAGGAGGAGAUGAGGAGGAAGCUGGAUGAGCUGGGCAGGGAGGUCAAAGCAGAUGCCGACCGCUGCAGAGAAGCAACGCAACACGCAGGAGAGGAGGCCUCCAACAUCGCCGCCCGCAUCGAUAAGAUGGAAACGGUAUGCAGCAAGCUGGACCCCAUGACUGGAAGCCUCCAGAGGAUCAAAGAGGGGCUGAACAAGCACGUCACCGGACUGUGGACUUGUGUGAACCAGCUGAAUGUCACAGUUAGAGGUCACGCUCGUGACAUUGUAGAGCUGAGGGGAUCUUUACAGAUCUUCCAGAACAAUCACACAGACGCUUCCAGGAACCUCCACGUUUUGGAGAACAGUUCUCCCGGAAAAGAAGGUUCUCAGGUUGGACUGGGAAAAGCAGGUUUUCCUCAAAGCUCCACUCCGACUGUCAGGCUGUCGGUUUUCCCCCCGGAUUCCUCCCUCCCACGGCCACCUGUGAUCGAAACCGGAGAGGCAGGCCCCCCAGGCAAAAUGACCCUGUCCAAACUGCCUGAGGGGACUGCCGGCAGUAUGCUGGGUGUUCAGGGCUUUGCCGGAGCUCCAGCUUCUGCUCCAAAAUCCACAAAGGCCGACCCCCUCCAGAUCUCAGCAGGUGUGAGCAAACCACAAAGACUUGCACCUGAGAAAACUGCCACACUAGCAGAGGACAAAGUGUCGUUCUCAGCUGGUCUGACUCUUCCACCCUUCAGAGGAGACGUUGGAGUCAUUCGUUUCAAUGAAGUUUUGGUCAACGAUGGAGGACAUUAUGAUUCUGAUACAGGCAUCUUCACAGCUCCCACAGAUGGCCGCUACCUGCUGACCGCUGUGCUCACGGCGCAACCAGGCCAGAAGAUCGAGGCAGUUCUCUCAGUGUCCAAUCGCAGCAUCCAGAAGCUGGACUCUGCUGGGUUUUGGUCUGAAGCUGCAGCAGCAUCCACAUCACAUCCACAAUGCAACUGCAGCAGCUCCGCCUCUCUCAGCCUGGUUCUGUCUCUGAGGCAGGGAGACCGCGCCGGUCUUGUUCUGACCGCCGGAAAGCUCGCCAUCUCAGCGUCACCACAGAUCCUCUCAUCUUUCAGUGCUGUGCUCCUGUACGCCGCCCCUACCAAACGGUAGUUCCUUUAUUCCUUCACUCGAGGUGCGGUGACACACCAAGAGCUGUUUGAUGCAUUUUUAAGGAGCAGAAAGACAUUAUAUUUAAGAUUUGAGGGAAAAAAGAAAGUCGUAAAAACACGAAAAUGUAUUUUCUACGUAUUAUUAUAUUGAUUUGUUUAUGUAGAAAUGUUUUUAUUUGUUAGUGUUUUACAUUUGCAUAUAACGUCCAUAAUUUUUCACAAAAAACAGACAACCAGAAACAAAUAAAGAGUUCUCCGCAGAAAACAUCA